CGCUCUGUACGGUUCAGAGACAUGGACUAUGAAGAAGAAGGAGAGAGAUAAAUUGGAGGCAUUCGAAAUGUGGACAUGGAGAAACAUGGAGAGGAUCAGCUGGCAAGAGCACAAGACGAACGAAUAUAUGCUGGCGAGAGCGGGUGAAAGUCGGAGGAUUUUGGACGUCAUCUUGCAAAGGAAAAAAAUUGGAUCGGACACAUUCUAAGAGGUGAAAGCCUGGUGAGAGAGGUCCUGGAAGGUAGAUUCUACGGGAAGCGUGGAAGAGCCAGGCCGCAUGCUAUGUUAUUGGAUGAUAUUAUAAACGAGGACUCGUAUGCAGACAUCAAACGAAGAGCUAUGGAAAGACAGAAAUGGAGAACAUGGGUGCCUAGAACCUGCCCUCGGGCAGAACACCAAUGAUGAUGAUGAUAUUAGUUUCAAAACUUGAUUCAACUCUAACAAUUAUUGCUUCAAAAGAUUCAGCAGUUGCAAUUCUCUACAAAAAUAGCGCAUUUCAAUUUUCUCAAUAAUUUUAUGACACAACGUUACGGCUAACAAUAUUACUGCUUGUGAUUUUGGUAUUUAUAUUUUAUUUAAAAUAGCUUGUCAGCGUAGGCCUAAUGGCCUAAACAUGAAACUUCUUCAACUGCAUUCUAUGUCGUGUUUGUAGGGUUCCACUACGUCGCGUUUGUACAGAAUCUUUAAGACUGUGGUAUCACGACACUUUGUGUUGUGUAUAGUCUACACUCCUUUUUAUAUUUCAUAUACAACCGUAUAGUACUACAGGAGUUUUACAAAACGUUUUUCAGGAAUUGAACAAAAUCUUGAAACCUAGACCUAGCAUGAAUGCAUCUAUGUAGAAGAGUCUCUUGUAUAUAUAUAAUACGAGCCUAUUGUCUCAUCAUCAUCAAAAUUCCACGAAUAACUAUAAUCAUGUUUUGUAGAAUAAGAUUCAAUAGUUGUUCUAUUAAAACAUUGAAUUAUGGCAGAUUUUCUAUUACUGUAAAAUCUUCCUUCCAAGGACUUGGCUGUUUUCUCGACGGAGGAUUUCAAAUUCCAACCUACAACGCUCUCGUGGUUAAAAAAAAUGGCAGGAUCAAAUCUUCCGUUGCCGCUGAGGUCUGUAGUGGACGUUUAUCUCACCUGAAAAAGGCACCAAGAUGGUGUUUUCCCCUGACAUAUGGAAGUACAUAUUAUGGUUCAUCUUUUUUCUUAGUGUAGUGCAUAUCGCCAUCUUAAUGUUCAAUCAUCCAGAAGUUUUUACAGUUUGUGCUGGAGUGCGAUCUGAUGAAUAUAUGCAGUUAUAUCAUACUGAUCGUUUGAGUCAUGGUUACUAUGACUGUCUCUACUGGACAGAUCCCCUUGAUCAUCGCAGAAAUUUUUUAAUUCCAUAUUGUCGGAGACCAGGAAUAACCGUCAUAGAAGAUAAGAGAGAAGACUGUUAUGGACGUCUAUUUUCGUUCUUACAACUACGAAAAGCAAAUAUAACGACAUUGGAGUUAGACAGUUGGAAUGCACCAAUUGAUGUGAUGAAUCAAUAUGAAAGAUAUAUUCAUUCGAAAUUUGAUGAGAACUCGAUGUUUAACCGUCAAACAUUUUGCUUUUGUGAUGAUACGAGCUGGUUUGGAAGAAUGUUAUGCGUAAAUUUUGUUUGGAAGAGAAAACGUUUUCAAAUAAUGUUAUUAUUGAAAAAAUUACAAAUGGUACAUGCUAUAUUGAUGAUCAUUGUAUUCGGAUAUCAUCUACAUCGAUCUGUCUCGACUGGCGUGAAUACUGUGAUGGAAAAAUUGAUUGUUUAG